CUGCUCGGCGUGCGCCAGUGAUCCGGCCAACAGGCACAGGGACCUUCCGCGUCGCGCCCUCAGGUGCGGGUUAGCUGAGAGGCUCGGACCUGAUUCCGGGUCCAGCCCAGCACCUCGAGAGGGGAUCCCAGCCCCAAUGGCAGCCGCAGGUGCAUCCUGAGGACUUCCUGGAGGAGGCGACGCGGCUGGAGUCGGAGGCAGCGAGCUCAGCCUGAUGGCCGGGAGCCUGCACCACCUCAGAGGCCAGGCCAUGGAAGCCGUGUUCCUGCCAGUCCUGUGGAAGGGGUUGCUGUCCUUUGAGGACGUGGCUCUGUACUUCACCAGGGAAGAGUGGGACACACUGGACUGGGCUCAGAAGGACCUCUACAGAGACGUGAUGCUGGACAACUACAGAAGCGUGCUCUCCUUGGGAGUUCAGUUUCCCAAACCUGAGGUGAUCUGUCAGCUGGAGCAGUGGGAAGAGCCGUGGAUCCUGGAUCUACCAAGAGCUGGGACUAGGAAGGCUUCCAGUAGUGCUUGCCCAGGUCCUGAAGCCAGAUUCAAGAUGAAAGAGCUAACUCCAAAGCAGAACAUUUCUGAAGAUUUAGAGUCAUGUAAGAUGUCACUGGUAAAGCAGAAAAUGGCCAGGAAACCCUUAGAAAAGUUACUUGAAUGUAACGAAUUUGUGGACAUUUACCGACUUUCACUCCCUACUAUUGGUGAUGAAUGCUGUAAGGACUUCCUUCAAAACCUUAACCUUAUUCAAGAUCGGAAAGCUCAGGCAAGGACAAAGCAGGGCAAAUAUGAUGAGUAUGGAAAACCCUUCCAUCAGAGAUCACUGCUUUUGAGGCAUAAGCGAAUUCUUACAAAUGCAAAAUCUUAUGAAUGCAGCGAAUGUGGAAGAGCCUUCCAGCGUCAGGCAAAUUUUGUUCGACAUCAAAGAAUUCACAGUUCAGAGGAUCCCUUUGAGUGCGACAUAUGUGGGCAGGCCUUCAAACAGAAGUCUGCUCUGACUGUCCACAAACAGUGUCACUCACAAAAAAAGCCAUAUAAAUGUCAUGACUGUGGAAAGUGUUUCCGUCAGAUGGCGUACCUUGUUGAACAUAGGAGGAUCCAUACCAAAGAAAAACCCUAUAAAUGUAGCGAAUGUGAAAGAACAUUUAGUCAGAAUUCAACCCUUAUUCGACAUCAGUUAAUCCACAGUGGAGAGAAACCCCAUAAAUGCAUUGAAUGUGGAAAAGCCUUUGGCCGGCAUUCAACCCUUAUGAUCCAUCGACAAAUUCACAAUAAACAGAACACUCAUAAAUGCAGUGAAUGUGAUGAAUCCUUUGGUCGGAAUGUAGAUCUCAUUCAGCAUCAAAGAAUCCAUACCAAGGAGGAAUUCUUUGAAUGUAGCGAAUGUGGGAAAACUUUUAGUUUUAAGGCAAAUCUUCAUCGACAUGAGGUCAUUCAUACUGGAGAGAGACCCUACAGAUGUGACAAAUGUGGAAAAUCUUUCAGUUGGCGCACAAGCUUUAUUAAGCAUCAGGGUACUCACAGAGAGCAGAUACCUACGUGAUAGUAAUCAGAAAAGCUACCAUUUAAAGACCAGAACUUAACCACUCUUGUAAGUAGGUGUAACUCAAUUGUUCUAUGAAAAUUAAUAAACAGGAACUGAAAUGGUUUUUCUGUGGGGACCCUCUCUUUGUAGCUAACCUUCUUGCUACAGUCAAGAAUUACUUAAUAGGUAAUUCUGGUGGCGCAGUGGUUAAGAAUCCGCCUGCCAAUGCAGGGGACAUGGUUUCAAUCCCUGGUCUGGGAAGAUCCCACAUACCGCGGAGCAACUAAGCCUGGGCACCACAACUACUGAGCCUGCGCUCUAGAGCCCACGAGCCAAAAACUACUGAAGCCUGCCGCCUAGAGCCCGUGCUCCACAACAAGAGAAGUCACCACAAUGAGAAGCCCACGCACCACAACGAAGAGGAGCCCCCCUCACCACAACUAGAGAAAGCCCGUGCCCAGUAACGAAGACCCAACGCAGUCAAAAAUAAAAUAAAAGAAAUAAAAGAAUUACUUAAUAGAGGACUUCCCCGGCGGUCCAGUGGUUAGGACUCUGCACUUCCAACACAGGGGGCAUGGGUUCGGUCCCUGGUCAGGGAACUAAGAUCCCACAUGUUGUGCAGCACAGCCAAAAAACAAAACAAUUGAACUGGAUUUAAAUUUUUUAAAAAAAGUUACUUAAUAGAAAUGUCAUAGGCUGUCGUGUCCAGUCUCCCUGGGUCCCCUUUACCUUCAUUUCCCCGAGUUAAGUCAAGGCAGAUGGAAGGCACAGAAGUUUUACUCUGUGGUCCCCCAGGCUGGAGACCGUUUUCUGGAUCGUGAAUGAUCUAAGAAUGCCUUUCUUGGUUUCAUACUGAAAAAUCACCUGAGAUUGUAUAGACGUUUUAAAAAUAAAGUAAGGGCUACCCACUAGUACUACUGAGAUAUGAAGAAUUACCGAAAUUUACCCAGAAACUAAAAUUAGUGUGCUACUAGGUUCUACUGAGAGUUCGAAGUCAAUGUUCAGAGCAGAUGCUGUUAGUGCCCUGCCCCCCCACCCCGGCUUUGCCCCUGCUGUGUGCUUCAUCUGACUUGCACUAUCUGUGUCUCUUGGGCUGCGGGCUUUUUCGAAAACCACGAAAGACCACUGCUCUGGGGGCAGCCCUCAACCACGCUUGAUGGGAUUUUGGCGAAUACCAGAUCUCCCUCUCCCCUAGGGUGGAACAGCUGUGAAGCAUGUGUUGCACACUGUUUUCAGAGCCUUUCCAUGGGAUGACGCACAUUCACUCUCCGUGGUAGCUGCUUUAUUAGCUGUCUGCCCUUCUCUGUGUCCCUUCUAACUCCCCUACCAGUAUUUCAACACCUCUUCUCCCCACGAGUAAAUUGCUGCUGUUAGACCCUGUCAUGUUAAUCAAAUCCCUUGAUUUUAUUAUUUUCUUGUCCUUACCAGUUCCAUGAUUUCUUACCCAGCACAUAAAAACAAAGUUCUAUUGGGAAUGAGAAGAAAGCAAGUGGCACCGCAUAAAAUAAAGGAAACUUCAGCUUUGCAGGAGGAAAAUAAUAAGUGUUAGAUUAUAUACUGGAUUCGGUAUCAGUUCUUUGGUACCAAGCGGCAGGAAUUGGCGGGAAGGAAAGGCUGCCAAACUGUAUUUCCCCGAACAAAAUUAAGAAGUCGAGGCCUCUGACAAGAGGAAAUAAGCCAAUGAGAGAAUUCUUGCUCACAACCACCUUUGGAGUUGAGGACCUGUGAAAGCAGAUCCAGGCUUGAGUACACAGUCUAGCUCAGACUACUGAAUCUAUUUUGUGUAGAUGAUGUACAUGCUUCCAGCUUUCCAGAAAGAGAGAGGGCAUAGCUAAGGAUCCAGAGGUAACAUGGAAAUGCCUACCUUCAGCCACAUCUGUCCCAAGGAGGAGAAAAGAGCUGCACUCUUCAAUAUGGCAGCCACUAGCCAUAUGAACCUAUUUAAAUUAAAAUUUUAAAAAGUUAAAAAACUUCCUCAAAUCAAAAGCCACAUUUCAAGAUCAGCACAAUUAUAGAACAUUCCUAUCAUCCCAGGCUUAUUGGACAGCACUGCUGGAGAAACCCUAUGGACUUCUUAAUGGAGGAACAAGGGAGCUUGUAUUUGGUGCCACUUCCUUCUCGACAACUCAAUUAAAUGGCCUUCCUUUCCCUUUAUA